GGCUUUUGUGUGCGUGAAGCGCGCACUGCAGCGCAGGGCCUUUAGGGGCCAAUGGCUGGGCCGAAUCCUGCCCAGAGCCAGCGAGGCCAGGGAAGAGCGACGACUCGUUUAUAAACGGGAAACCCCUCCCGCCAUCGUUUUUUCCUUUUCCCAACCCAUCAUCAGCGCCACUUUCCCUCCGCUCCUACUCAUCUCACCUCAUUUUCUCCUUUUUUCGACACCAGAUCAACACGUUUGAAAAGAUGCAGUUCUCGACCGUUGUCAUUGCCGCUUCUGGCCUCGCCGCCGCUGGUGUCGCCAUGGCCCAGAGCACCUUCUCGGUCAACACGCCCGCCUCGGUGGUCCAGUGUGUUCCCCUCCAGAUCUCGUGGACCGGUGGCCAGGCUCCCUUCAACCCUUUCAUCACCGCUCCCGGUGACACGGCGACGAUCCUCGAGACGCUUCCCCAGGUCACUGACCGCACGACGACGUGGACCGUCAACCUCGCCGCUGGUCAGAAGUUCACCAUCAACAUUGUUGACUCGACGGGUGCCAACGCCCCCUCGGCCCAGUCGCCCGCCAUUGCCAGCGGCAGCUCGUCGUGCCUCAGCUCUUCGAGCGGAUCGAGCUCGGCUACCUCGUCGGGUUCGUCGGCUUCCUCGACUGGCUCCAGCACUGCCGCCGCCACCUCCUCGUCGUCUCCUUCGUCUUCGUCCUCGGCUUCCCGUUCGAGCAGCGGUACUACCUCGUCGACCUCUGCCCCCGCGUCGUCGAGCAGCACCAGCCACGACGGUGCUUCGAGCCUCAGUGGCUUCGCCGCCGUCAUUGCCGGUGUUGUCGGCAUCGGCGCUGCCGCCCUUGCCUAAGAGAACGGCGCAAGCACUUGUCCGAUGUGCAGCAAUCCUCUUCAAACAAACGUUUGUGCAAUAAUCUUCCUUGCGUUGAUGUGCGCGAUAUUUGCCUCCUCGCCUAUCAUUCAGAAUCUCCUCACCAUCACAUCUCCUCCUACGGAACUUUAGACGCCUACCGCCCGAACUCUCAAUUGUUCCCUUUAACAAUUCAUUCGACUCUCUCUUGUUUAUUCG